CUUUAAUGUCAGAGCUCUCAAGGUUUUAUAUAAACCUCUAGCAGUCUAGCAAUUUCUUAUCUGCCAAAAUAUUCUAAAUUCAUCUAUUUCCGCCAUGGUUAAUCACCAUGGUUUGACCUCUCUACUUUUCUUCUUCUUCAUCCUCCUUUCUUUUUCUGGAGCUAAGACUCUGCUUCAACUGGAAAGGGGACAUUCACUAUCAGUUGAGGAUGCAGAUUCAACUUUUCUAACCUCCCCAGACAACACAUUCACCUGUGGCUUCUAUGGAUUAGGAAGCAAUGCUUACUGGUUUGCCAUAUGGUUCACCAAUUCCAGGGACAAAACUGUUGUUUGGGUGGCGAAUCGGGCCAGGCCUGUCAAUAGCCGGGGCUCAAACGUGAAGCUGGAGAAAAAUGGAGCUUUAACAUUGACUGAUGUGGAUGGCGCGAUCGUGUGGGAGAGUAAUACAACUUCGACUAGAGUUAACACAGCUGAGCUGCUUGAUACAGGCAAUCUUGUUCUCAAGAAUCCACAGGGUGAUGUUCUCUGGCAAAGUUUCGGGUUUCCUACUGAUACGUUGUUGCCUUCCCAGGUGUUCACCAAGAAUAAUAGGCUUAUCUCUGUGUUAAGGGAAGGGGGGUUUGAUCCAGGCUACUUCAGUUUAUACUUUGAUGGGGAUAAUGUGCUAAAGCUGAUAUAUGAUGGCCCUGAGGUUUCUGGUUUAUAUUGGCCUAACCCUGAUCUUGAUGCGUAUGGGAAUCAGAGAACCAUCCAAAACAGUACUAGAAUUGCUUUUCUUGAUAAUUCAGGGAAGUUUUUCUCCAGUGAUAGGCAGGUGCAGAUUUUAUAUCUAAAUGCUAGUGACGCGGGGGAUGAGAUGAUUAAGAGGAGAAUGACAUUGGAUGUUGAUGGGAAUCUCAGGAUCUACAGCCUGCAAGAUUCAACUGGGGUGUGGAAGGUAACCUGGGAAGCUCUUCCUCGGCCUUGCAGGAUACAUGGAAUCUGUGGGAGAAAUGGGCUUUGUUAUUAUGCACCGGAGCCCAGAUGUUCGUGUCCUCCAGGGUAUGUGGUGGUUAAUCCGAAUGAUUGGAGUAGAGGCUGCAGGGCAUUGUUCAAUGUAACAAGUUUAGUAACUCAGCCUGUCAAGUUCUUGGAGAUUUCUCAGGUGGAUUACUGGGGAUUUGAUCUCAACUUCACUAAACCUUUUUCGUUUGAAGACUGCAAGAGUUUGUGCUUAAAGGAUCAUAAUUGUAUGGCGUUUUCCUACAGGCGAAAUGGAGAGGCAUCAUGUUACACCAAAAACACCCUUUACAAUGGCUACAGAUCUCCAGAUUUCCCUGGGAGUAUAUUUCUGAAACUCCCCCGAGAUUUUCCAGUGGCAGAAUCAGGUCAUCCCGUGAUUCUCACUCGCUCUAACUUGGUAUGCUCAAAUUCAUCAGAACAAUUACCUUUGAAGUAUGAAGUGAGUAGUAAAAAGGUGAGAUGGAUUUAUCUGUACUCAUUUUGUUUAGCUGUUGGUGUGAUUGAGCUCCUUGUUUGUGCUUUGGGAUGGUGGGCUUUAUUCAGCAAGCAUGGGAUUCCAGCUUCACUUGAGAAUGGAUAUUGCAUGUUAUCCAGUCAGUUCAGGAUGUUCACUUAUGCAGAACUGAAGAAGGCAACCAAGAAUUUCAAGGUGGAGCUAGGAAGAGGAGGCUCGGGGGCUGUUUACAAAGGCAUUCUGGCAGAUGAUAGAGCGGUAGCAGUGAAGAAACUCGGAGAUGAGUUUCAUGGAGAAGAACAGUUCUGGGCAGAGAUGACCACAAUUGGAAAGAUCAACCACAUGAAUUUGGUGAGAAUGUGGGGAUUCUGUGCAGAAGGGAAACGCCGCCUUCUGGUCUAUGAAUAUGUAGAAAAUUCUUCCUUAGACAAGCAUAUUUACACAUCAAAUUUUCUUGGUUGGAAAGAAAGGUUUGAGGUAGCAUUAGGGACUGCCAAAGGUCUUGCAUACCUUCAUCAUGAGUGCCUGGAAUGGGUGAUCCAUUGUGAUGUGAAACCUGAAAAUAUACUUCUAACUGGUGAACUUGAGCCCAAAAUUGCAGAUUUUGGGCUAGCCAAGCUCUCUCAAAGAGGUGAACCUGGUUCAUAUUUCACCAAAAUCCGGGGAACAAAAGGCUACAUGGCUCCAGAGUGGGCUCUGAACCAGCCCAUCACUUCCAAAGUAGAUGUGUAUGGUUAUGGUGUUGUGAUCCUGGAGAUGGUGAAGGGUAGUAGGCUAUCGAGCUGGGCAGCCGAAGAAAGUGAGCUUCAUCAGGAAGCAGUAGAUUUAAAGCAAUUUUUGUGGGAAAUGAAGAGCAAAGUUGAACUAAGAGAUGAGAGUUGGGUGGAGGAUAUAGUGGAUAAAAGACUGGAAGGGAAGUUCAGUAGGAGGCAGGCAAAGACACUGAUUAAGGUUGGUGUUGCAUGUGUGGAAGAAGACAGAAACAUGAGGCCUACAAUGGCUUCUGUGGUACAAACUCUUCUGGAAUGUGAAGAUGAAACAAUAGUAAUCCAAACAUCAGAUCCACUUUACAUUUGAGAAAUGUUUCUACUUUUGUUUUUCAUUUUUGUACUCAAAUUAUGUUUCUGAGACUCUGUUGUCAAAUAACUGCAGAGUCUACCGUCUAGCUGUACCUAUCCAAUGUUGUAAUAAGAAUUGCAAACCGAAAUUGACAUUGUCAUUAGCCGUGUUGCAAAA